GGCGGGAGAGACAUGAGCUCCAUUUAUAGACUUACUGUAUGUAGAAAGAGAGAGAGAGAGAGAGUCAAUGUGGGUGCACAUGUGCUGGUGAAUACAGCUGCCACACAGAAGGAAGGAUAUCCCAUUUUACUUCUGCAAGAGAGAGAGAGAGAGAGGGGAAAGAAAGAAAGAAAGAAAGAAAGAAAGAAAGAAAGAAAGAAAGCAAGAAAGAAAGAAAGAAAGAAAUUCAAUACUAAAACAGAAGCAAACUUUCUCCUGUUGAGAAGCAGGAGCAGCAGAGAAGAGAAAGUGCUGAAUCAUCACUAUAUAAACACAGACCAUCCACAGGAAGGAGGAAAACUUGUGAGCUGUCAUGGCUCCCAGCUUGGCCCAGGCGUACAGGAGGAGGUGGUGGAUGGCCUGCACAGCCGUCAUAGAGAAUCUGCUCUUCUCUGCUGUUUUGCUGGGCUGGGGCUCACUGCUCAUCAUGCUGAAGAAUGAAGGAUUCUAUUCACACGUUUGUAUCGGGAACGAGACUGUCAGCACCAAUCUGACGUCAUUAGAGACCGGUGAGUGGAGAAGCUGUGUUGAGCAGGAGGAGAUACUGAAUCUGGGCUUCACCAUUGGCUCAUUCCUCUUGAGCGCAGCCACUUUACCCCUGGGUAUUUUAAUGGACAGAUUUGGACCACGCCCACUGAGGCUCAUUGGCAGUGCUUGUUUUGCAUCCUCUUGUGCAAUGAUAGCUGCUGCUGCAUACAACCCUGAAGUGCUGUCUGUCCUCAUCUUCUUGGCUGUCUCCUUCAACGGCUUUGGUGGAAUCUGCCUGACCUUCACUUCACUCACACUUCCUAACAUGUUUGGGAAUAUUCGAUCCACUGUCCUCUCCUUGAUGAUUGGCUCCUACGCUUCUUCAGCAGUCACCUUCCCUGCCGUCAAGUUGAUUUAUGAUCUUGGCGUGUCAUUCCGAAUCAUCAUGUGGGUUUGGUCUGGAAUGGCCUGCAUGGUCUUCAUCAACUGCUUCCUAAACUGGCCUGCUGAAUCCUUCCCUGCACCCGAAGACAUCAGAUACACUAAAAAGGUGAAGCUGAGCGGGGUUGUUACAGAGGACAAGAUGACCGGGGACAGGUUCAUCACCCAUGUGACAGUCAUGGAAGACAUGAUGGGAGCCAAGCAGACAGAGACCGAUCAACAUGACUCCCAAAACAAAAGCCAGGGCUCAGUGCCACUCUGUCAAUCUGUGUGCUCUCCCAUCUUUCUGUGGAGCGUCAUCACCAUGGCAAUGACACAGCUGAGGCUGAUCUUCUUUAUGGGCGCCAUGAACAAAAUGCUGGAGUUCCUGGUCACUGGUGGCAACCCCAAUCCAUCCAAAAAGAUGCAGGAGGAGGUGGAGGUACAAGUUGGCUUCUACUCGUAUAUCUUCGGUACAUUGCAGCUGCUGUGUCUACUGACCUGUCCUUUAAUUGGCUACAUCAUGGACUGGAAGAUGAAGGAGCCUAAAGAUGAAAACGUGACCACACAAACAGAAAAGAGCCAAUCAGAUCCCCUAAAGAGAGACAAAAAGAUCCAGAAACUGACCAAUGCCCUGAGAGCUUUCAUCUUCACCAACCUCCUAUUGGUCUCUUUUGGAAUAAUUUCCUUGAUUGACAACCUGCCCAUACAGGUGGUUUCGUUUGUUCUGCAUACUGUAGUCAGAGGAUUCAUCCACUCCUGCUGUGGAGGUCUCUAUGCUGCUGUUUAUCCAGCAAACCACUUUGGGACACUGACAGGCAUGCAGUCAAUGAUCAGUGCUGCGUUCGCCUUGCUUCAACAACCACUGUUCAUGGUGAUGUUGGGACCUCUCAAGGGAGAUCCUUACUGGAUCAAUUUGGCCCUUCUCAUCUUCUCCCUGACUGGCUUCCUGUUGCCAGGCUAUCUGUUCUAUCACCGUAGAAACUUGAUCAGGGCAAAGGCAAAGUGUGACAGGUUGGCUGCCAGCCAAUCAGCUAAAGAGAGUGCACCUCUAUCAAACGGUGGAGCUGCUGAGAACCAUGCCAAUGGCCAUGCAGCUAAUGGAUACACACCAAAUGGACAUACUGCUUAGAUGACUGAUGGGAGUGAAAUGACCAAAUCAUUUGACUUAUUUUUUUAAUGGUUGUUCAGUCGUUGACCAGCUGCAAGAACGAAACAAAACAUAUAUAUUGAAAAAGUUUUCUUUUAUCAGUGUUAAGUUGGGGUAUCAGAUAUGACAUAUUUAAUACAAACAAAACAAAACAGUUACAGCCAGUAAUAGCGCCACAUUUUGGCAGGGUUUGGAAUGAAACAGGAAGUUACAUCAGUAUUCUAAUGUCAGGCUUCUCAUUUGGAAAAUAUUCUUUGACUUUGUGCUAGAUUCCAUCAUGUUAUCAUUUAAAAACAACAUGUAAGGGCCUCUCACUGGAUCAGUUUGUAAAGCUGUCACCUCACAGCCGGAGGGCCAACCAUGACUUUGCUUGUUGCUCUCCUGAUUAUGGGACUUCCUUUCUCCCCUAACUCCCUACAGUAAAUGGCCCCUAAGUGAGAAUAUGUGUACAUGUGAUGGACCAGUGAACUUCUGGGAAAGGAUCCAUUGCCUAACACCCUGGCAAUAAAUGAAAAACACACAUGAAAAAUCACGGACCAAUGUUAAAAUAGAUUAGAGUACUUCAUUAAUCCCAAUGGGAAACUGCAGAAUUACAAUAGGCUCGUCACACAUGGAUCACAAAAAACAACAACACAAUGACACAAUGGAACACAAAGACAAUAGAAUAAUAAAAACAGAUAGUAUCAAAAAAUGAAUUAAAUAAAAGCUAGGACCACACUGAAUAUUAUCAAUGAUACUCAACAUUCUUAAGUAUUGAUAUGGCAAGGUGCUGCAUUUGAACUGCAUCGAUGAGUAACACACAGUUAUGUACAAGUGUAUAAAAAGAAAUAGGAAUGUAUGCAUGUAUGUAGCAUACAUGAAUGUAUGUUUCUCUUGUUUUAUGCUCUUUACUAUAGACCAUAUGCAGUAGCUGUACUUAGAGUAUUUCCAGCCAUUUUUCAAAGCGUAGCACACUUCCCUUAAGUAAUCCAUCGCAGUAGACAGUAAACUGAAAGCUUGUACUCCUACAGUUAUGGGUUAUCUUUACACUGUUAAGUAAUUUAGACACGUUUUCAGAUGUGUUGUUAUACCGGUGCUUCCAUAUUUUACAUAGAAAACAUGGUAUACUAUAUAUGGUAGUUUCUAUUCAGGCUAGUAAGUAAGAAAAAGUAACUUCAAUGAAGCUGAUAGUAUGAAAGCAACAAGCAAUAUUAAUGGAUCCCCCCACCUCACUGUGUAUGUCCUGAGUGGAGACUGUAGAAGAAUUAAAGGUAAAUAACUCUGUCCCCAACCAUAAUGACACUUUUUUUGUUUUUACAGAAGGGUAGCACUCACUCUCCAAUCCCAACCCCCGCCCCCUUACAUUAUUGUACUAUUAUAUUAUCAUUAUAUCAGUGGUAUAAAAUGAUCUUCAAAUGACAAUAUAAUGACAACAAUAUAUUGUCCAAUAAAAGUAUUGCGACAGGUUUAUUUUGCACAUCUACAAAACCUGUUAAUAUGAUUGCACUAGCUAUGGGAAAAUCAUUAGUCAUAUUUAUUAACUGUCUAGUUUGCAUAAUCAUUGAUUCUAAACAACUGUAUACAUAAAAGUGCUUCUAAACUGGAUUUAACUUUAUACUAUCAGGUCAGGGUGAAAGUGCUGUGUGGCAGGUUUCUGUCACCAGAGGUAUAUUCCCCCAAAACAAAGGGUAUCCUUAUUAUCUGUUGCAUUAGUUGAAGCACUAAUUAGUUCCACUCAAAGCAGAAAAUGAAGCAAAAUUCUUAUUGAGGCUGGUGCAUUAUACAAUCUCUCUUAAUCUUUUGUAACUUUCUGCCAUAACAACACUUAUAUAGCAGUUAGUUACAUUGGUAGUCAUGUAGCAACCAACUCUCUCUUCGAUUCUGUACUGUAAAUAUGACUCUAUGUAAAAGUAAUUUUAGUUUUUAAAGUUUUUUUUUCCUGAGCUCAGUAUUAGUUUAUCUUUUUUUCAGGCUUCAGGCAGCUGUGCACCAUGCUUUUUAUACAAUGUUAGCAUCUUUUUGCUGGUAGCCCUUCUUUGCUGCUCUUGAUCUUGAAAUGACUUAAUAUGACAUCACAAUCUAAAGAUAUUUGUAGCCAAUCACAGCUCUGUUCAGGCCAGUAUUUCCUAGGAGAACAAGAAGAGGGGGAGGAGUUGAUGUCUCUGAUCCUUCACAACUUUAAUGGACAUAAAAUAUCCAAUAAGUCAGAAUGUCAUUUUCCAGUCCUUGUUUUAUUCCAACAUGUGACUGCAACAACAAUUCUUCUCUUCUCUUCUCUUCUCUUCUCUUCUCUUCUCUUCUCUUCUCUUCUCUUCUCUUCUCUUCUCUUCUCUUCUCUUCUCUUCUCUUCUCUUCUCUUCUCUUCUCUUCUCUUAUCUUAUCUUAUCUUCUCUUCUCUUCUCUUCUCUUCUCUUCUCCUCUCCUCUCCUCUCCUCACCUCUCCUCUCCUAAAGGUUUUCUGAGAUUCUGUGCAGGCACAGACCUGUUUGGAGCAAAAGUGAAAUCAAUUAUCAUGAAUAAAAUGAUGAAUAAAAAAUAUAGUAAAGGGGUUCAUAUUAAAAAAAAGAAGUGUGAUGUAUUGUAUUUUAAUGUUGCAAUUCAAGAAACACUUGAAUUUAGCAAAGCUGAGCGAGCCACGAGGAGUGAAGAUUUGAAACUGUUUUGCUGUGAAUGAAUGCAGGCUGAGUGCACAACGUGGCUUCUAGUCAAAUCUGUUUGUGAAUAGAGACCUUGUACAGUGUUAAUAGAAACAAUGUGACAUUAGUUCAAUGAUAGGAUUUAUUCGAUGAUUACAUAAUGAUGUGUAAAAUAGCUGCGAUGUGUGUUUUUGUGUGUGUGUGUGUGUGUGUGUGACAUAAUCUGCAUGCUUUGGAAGUGACCACCAUUAGGUGCACUGUGUCUUCAUACAAAGGCAACAUGUGCACAAAUAAAGAAAACACAUUAUUUGAACAUAAGUAAUACAAUCUGAUAGAAACACAGGAAGGUCGCAUUUAUUGCAUGUUCAUUGUACAGGUGUUCCUUUUAUUUUGUCCACCCUAAUAUAUGUUAUUAUUGCAUUGUUUAUCAGUGAUGACUAAGAAUCAACUGUCACAGCGUUCACUGUCACUCAUUCUAGUGAUGACGAGGGAGCAAAAACUUGACAUAAAGUCAAACACCACAAAUAAGAUCUUUUUCAUUUAGCUUUUAAUUAUAUAACGAUUUGUUCACUGUAAAUAACUUUUUUCUCAAAUAUGAAGAUUUAUUUUUGUGUUACAUUUUAGUUGGUUUCUGACUUGAUUUGCAAUGUUGCUUUGAUUUGUUGUGGAGAAAUGUAAAAAAUUAUUAAAAAUGUUCAAUUAAUUGA